UUCAAGCCCUUUACCGAAUGAUUCAUGACCGUUGGCUAUUGAAGCACUAGGCAGCCAGAGCUUUCGUUAAUUAGGCCCCAGCGAGAUCCAUAACCGCGAUGUAUUCGCCGAGAGCCUGUCUGUGCGGAGGAACGUGUCACCCUUUAGCAGGACGCCCGCUGUCUACAAUGAAGGCAGAGGCCAAUAUCAACUCCAAGACGAAGACAAGCCACCGCAUCGAGGCCACUUUCGCUCGCCAAACUCCACGCUGCUUCCUGAAAGCUCUCUUAUAUGUACUCUGUUCUCUUAAUCUAGCGACAAGCAAUGGUUUCGCCUCGGAGCCGGGACACUUACCAUCGCAAUGGCAAUCUCAGCAGCCCUAAAUCAUAUUACUACUAUGCGCCAACGCUGAAUUGUGUUGAGCCAGACCCACACCGGCACUGCAGCAGCCGGAUACACGGCUCGGUCCAACACUAGGACCCUGGCUCAGAAAGCUUCCUAAGAAA